ACUAAGGUAUAGCCCACAAAUUGUUCACACUCUCUCACACUACCAGACAAUGUUUUACAACCUAUGGAUAAAACUUCCACCAAACAACAACUAAGAGAACAAACCCAACAACAACAUCUCAACCAUUCUACUCCAAUACUAAGUCUUAGAAGGUACCCAAAUCCAAACCCAUUUUCCAUUUUUAUUUUCUGGGUGUCAAAAUCUCUCAAAAGUUUGUGUUUCAGAGUUCAAAUCUCACAAGGGUUUUGCUUGAAAAGGAUUCAGUUUAAUGGCAUGGUAGUGAUUAACACCACUCUCAUCUAUGCUGAAGGGAAAGUUGAUUCUACUACAAUGGAGGGUUUGAGUUUAUCUGAGAAGAAAAAGAAGAAGAAUGAAGAUAAUGUUGGUGGUUGUAAAAGAGAAACCUUUGCUGAUUUGAUUGAAGAAAAGGGUUGUGAGAGUAGUUCAAGUUGUUCUGAGUUUUUGUCAUCUGAGAAUAAUGGUAAUGAAGAACAUAGUCAGAGUAGUACUGAGGAUUCAUCUUCAUCACCUUCAUUGACUUGGUCUGUGAAGGAAAUUUCUGCAUCAGAUUGUAUCAGUCCUCUUGGAAGUGAAGAUGGUAAGAAAAAAAUACACUUGGUUGAUAAGGGAUUUGAAAAACAAGUUUCAGCAUUAUCAGAGGUUGAGAUGAUGAAGGAGAGGUUUGCAAAAUUGUUACUUGGAGAAGAUAUGUCAGGUUGUGGAAAUGGGGUCCCUACAGCAUUGGCUAUCUCAAAUGCCAUAACAAAUCUAUGUGCUACCCUUUUCGGACAACUUUGGAGAUUAGAGCCACUGCGUUCGGAGAAGAAAGCAAUGUGGCGAAGAGAAAUGGAGUGGUUUCUUUCUGUGAGCGAUCAUAUAGUUGAAUUAACGCCCAAUUGGCAAACUUUUCCUGAUGGAAGCAAGCUUGAGGUCAUGACGUGUCGACCUCGCUCAGAUCUGUAUGUGAAUCUUCCAGCUCUGCGCAAAUUAGAUAACAUGCUUCUUGAAAUUCAAGAUAGUUUUGUUGAUACAGAGUUCUGGUACGUAGAUCAAGGUGUUAUAGCUCCGGAUGCUGGUAGUAGUCCAUCCUCUUUUAGGCAAGCGCUUCAGCGGCAUGAAGAGAAAUGGUGGCUUCCGGUUCCCCGAGUCCCUCCUUGCGGCCUCCACGAAAAUUCAAGAAAGCAAUUGCAGCACAAGCGUGAUUGCACGAGCCAAAUAUUAAAAGCUGCAAUGGCUAUUAACAGUAUUACUUUAGCUGAAAUGGACAUUCCCGAGUCAUAUUUGGAGUCUCUCCCAAAGAAUGCUAGAGUCAGCUUGGGAGAUGUUAUUCAUCGAUAUAUCACGUCGGAUCAUUUUUCUCCCGAGUGUUUGUUAGCUUGCCUCGAUUUAUCUUCUGAACAUCAAGCUAUAGAGAUCGCAAACCGAGCGGAGGCUUCCAUGUAUAUUUGGCGGAAAAGGACAAAUUCAAAGCCUGCUAGUGUUAGUUCUAGAUCAAGUUCAAGAACAUCAUGGGAAAUGGUCAAGGAUCUAAUGGUUGAUGCAGACAAAAUGGAUUUGUUUGCAGAGAGAGCUGAAAUCCUUCUAAAUUCCUUGAAGCAGCGUUUUCCCGGUCUCCCUCAAACAGCUUUGGAUAUGAGCAAAAUUCAAUACAAUAAGGAUGUUGGAAAAGCUAUUCUAGAGAGCUACUCUCGAGUACUCGAGAGUUUAGCAUUUAACAUGGUGUCGCGAAUCGAUGACGUGCUCUACGUAGAUGACUUGACAAAGAAUUCUUCUGAUCAAUUCUCAUCACAUUCAAAAGUUGGCGUAAUUACUCGCAAGAGUAUUUCGGUUCCAUACUCGAUUCCCGUCCCAACCACUCCAUACAAAUCAGCUUUCGGAACGCCUACCUGUUCUCCUGCACAUCAUGCGAUUAGUCCUUCAAAGGGAGGAAAAUCUCCAUUGAUCAUCAAUAGCUGCAAAACUCCCAAGAGAGGUGUAGGGGUGAAGAAAUCUUUAACUGAUUUUCUUAGCAUUGAUACAAAAGGGAGUAGUUCCAAUGAGAAAUAAAAAACACUUGAUGAAGUGGCUUGAAAAUGUUAAAAGUUGAUGUUGGUCCAAAUAUUAUGGACAAGGCAUGGCAAGUUUGCAAGGCUAUUGCUAUUUAAUAGCCUAGGCUUUUAUCAAAUGUUUUUUUCUUUGGUUCUUACUAUGUAUAUGAAUGAAAUGAAAUACGUAGAAGGAUUCAGUUUUAUUUAGAUUUAGAAUAGAUAGUAUUUUAUAUAGUC